AUGGCAAACUGCGAUACUACUGACGAACCGAACUCCUCAACAACCUCGCGCCAACAGCUCUACGCGCAGCUAGCCGUGCCACCUGGUUCGCGCUCUAUUCGACUUCUUGACCUCGACCCUCGUCCACCGAGUCAAGAUGGCGGUCCGCUCACUGGCCACCUCCGCGUGGCGCGUCUCGCCGACCAACCAUCAUUCACAACACUGUCCUACGUCUGGGACGACAAAGCAUGCCCGAGCUCUGCGCUCGCUGUUUUGCCCCAAGGCGUCGACCUGGAAAUUUCGGCAAAUUGUCUCAACGCUCUCCGUCAGAUCCGAAGGCAGUUUGGGGCUGUUACCAUCUGGAUCGAUAAUGUCUGUAUCAACCAGGACGACGAGGUCGAGAAGGAGUCGCAGAUCCCGCUGAUGCAAGACAUCUACAGCUCGGAGCACCUCGUUAGAAUCCAGCAGCUUCUUGGCACCCCAUGGAUUUCGCGGGCCUGGACCUUCCAGGAGCUAGUGCUAUCGGAGAACCCGGUUCUUCUCUGCGGCGACAACCUCGCCCUGUGGGAAGACGUCAUCAAUGCAGCCGCAGUGGCGGAUGUCACGCCUUCUAUGAACACAACCUUGGGGCCGUGGCAUUCCCUGGCUGGCAUCUGGCUGAGCCUUCCGCGACCUUCGCUCCGGAGACCUGACGACGGCCAUGUCGAGGCGUUGCGCCCAGCGCCUUCCUUUGCAGAGCUGCUCGACAAAUUCUGGGACGAACAAGGGCCCGUAUUUAACCCAAAGAACACAUUCCCCGCUGCUCUCACAGGCGGAAACGAAAACGACGACGGCCAGGUCGUCUCCGCCCUCUGUCUCCUGGCAAACUGGAUGUGGUCCGUCGCAUGCAAGACGCCUCCUGAAACACCGCAAUUCCGCCGCUGGAGCGCCUUGUUUGCGGCCCUCCAAGGGCUAUUCCCCCCCGAGACAGAAGUCUACGUCGACGCUUUCGAGGUGUUCAAUGGGCUGGCCAAUGUCGUCGACGACCCCACCAUCCCGGAUUGGCCGGGUGUGUUGGCCGCGAUGAGAAGCGCCGACGACGGGGCGAUGUUUGCGUAUUUUGUUAGCACAGUUCAAAAGUUGGCGGACGAGGGCAGGUGUCUUUUUACUCUGCCGAAUGGCAUGGGAGGGUCGGGACCGUUGGACAUGGCGGAGGGCGACGAGGUGUUUACGGUCGCGGGGGUUCGAGCACCAUUGGUCUUGCGGAGGGUUGAGGGGCAAAUCGAUGGCUUUGAUGUCUUCGUGCUCGAGGAGCUCAUGAAAAAUGGCUGCGUUCCCUGCGUGCUGGAUGUGUCGAGCUAG